CGGUGGAAGGGGUCACACUGCCUCUGACUGCCACUUGUUGAAAAAAAAAAAAAAGGGAAAAAAAACCCCACCCCACCCCCCCCAUUGCUACAACAAGCUGCAGAAUAAAGGAAAUAUUUGUAACAAUCUGAUCCAUGCUGGGACCGGGGGCCCAGCGCACCAGCAAAGCGCCAGAGGAAUAAAAAGACAGCCACAGAUCCGAUUGUUUUUUAAAUCUAUAUUUAUACAGCCCCCCCGCCCCCCCCCCCGCCCCGGCCCCCGGCUCCCUUGGGCAGCCAGUCAGUGGGAGAGGAGGAAGCAUGGUGGAAAACACGAAAUCUGCUUUGGCUGCCUUCUCCUCCCCGGGGUCGCUGCCCCUGCCGGGGCCGGGCGCCGGGGGCGGCUCCCCGGGGCGCGGCGCUGCCCUGCCGGCCCCGGGCGGCGGCGGGCUCCGGCUGGAGGCGGUGAUGGAGAAUCUGCAGCGGCAGCAGGCGGCGCGGCUGGCCCGGGUGGAGGAGAAGCUGCGGCGGGGGCAGGCGGAGCCCGGCCCGGGGCAGCUGCGCUCCGUGGUGGGGAGCCGCGUCCAGCAGCAGGCGCUGGCCAUCCAGCACUACCAGGCGGCGGUGCGCUGCGGGCUGGCCCCCCGCGGCCGCCUGGGGGGCUCCCCGCCGGGACCCGGCGCCCCGGACCACGAGGAGGAGGAGGAGGAGGAGGACCUGGAGGAAGAGGCGGGGGCGGCCCGGUACCCGCCGCGCUCCCCCAGCGCCCCCCAGCAGCGCCCGGAGCCCGCCCGCUCGCUCUCCCCGCCCCGCCAGCCACCGCCCCAGCACCACGAGUGGACCUACGAGGAGCAGUUCAAGCAGCUCUACGAACUGGACGACGACCCCAAGCGGAAGGAGUUUCUGGACGACCUCUUUGGCUUCAUGCAGAGGAGAGGGACUCCAGUGAACCGAAUCCCCAUCAUGGCCAAGCAGGUGCUGGACCUGUACACGCUGUACCGGCUGGUGACCGAGAAGGGCGGCCUGGUCGAAGUGAUCAACAAGAAGAUCUGGCGGGAGAUCACCAAAGGCCUCAACCUCCCCACGUCCAUCACCAGCGCGGCGUUCACACUCCGCACGCAGUACAUGAAAUACCUGUACCCCUACGAAUGUGAGAAACAAGCCCUCAGCUCCCCCGGCGAGCUCCAGGCCGCCAUCGACAGCAACCGGCGAGAGGGGCGGAGGCAGACCUUUGGGACGGCGCUUUUCAGCUACUCCCCCGUGGGCACCCCGGCCAUGCUGGCCUCCCCGAAGAUCCCCAUGCCGGCCCUCACCGUCUCCACGCACAGCUGCAGCCAGACGAGCCAAGGGCACGCCGUUAAGAAAGACGGCGUCCUGUCCGCGGCGGUGCCCAGCCGCAUCGCCAUCCCCGUCAGCCUGGCCGGGCACCACAUCGCCGCGGCCUCCCAGGCGGCCGCGCUGGAGCAGCUGCGGGAGAAGCUGGAGACGGGGGAGCCGCCCGAGAAGAAGGUGGCGUUGAUGGCGGAGGAGCAGCAGCGGCUGAUGCAACGCGCCCUGCAGCAGAACCUGCUGGCCAUGGCCUCCCAGUUCCCCAGGAACAUCAAGAUCAGCAACCGAGAUGACAGACAGGAGACCGCAUUGAACCUGUCCACCAACGGCAUUAGCAGCAUCAACAUGUCAAUAGAAAUAAAUGGAGUUGUCUACACAGGUGUCCUGUUUGCCCGCAGACCCCUUGUCCCAGGGGCGCCUGGCAGCAACAGCAGCAGGAGCUCCCACGGCCCGUCGAGCCCGGUGCCCGCGCAGAACCAGCGGCUCUCGGCCUCCUCACGCAGUCACACUCCCGCCAGUGCCUCGCCGUGAG